AGAGUUGGACAUAGAUUAACAGGAAAGCCUGAAACUUUCAUUGAUUAACAGGAAAUCCUGAUUCAUUUCUGUUCCUGGCAAUAGCGUUGGCUAUCUUCUCUCUGUCUAAUGUUUCUCUCAAUUUCUAUUGAAGUUGGGUAGUUGUUUGUUGGAAGAAAGGUUGAAUAAGUUCUUUACGAGAUGAAUCACUCUGCUCUUAUUCGAGCCUCAAUCUCUAAUGUUCCUCCCCUAAAUCCUACCCAUCUUACGAGUUUUGAUACUCAGAAAUUCGCCAUUGAAGGGCGGAAUGUGAAUUAUUCAGUUAGAACGAAGCAUGGGAAGUGGGUUCCAAUUCUCAAGGACUGCUCGCUUCGGAUUCCUGCGGGGCAGUUGUGGAUGCUUCUUGGACCCAAUGGCUGUGGAAAAUCUACACUGUUAAAGGUCUUAGCUGGACUACUGAAUCCAACUCAUGGAACUAUAUAUGUGGAGAGGCCCAAGAGCUAUGUUUUCCAAAAUCCGGACCACCAGGUAGUGAUGCCUACUGUAGAAGCUGAUGUUGCAUUUGGUCUUGGUAAGUUCAACCUGACCAAAGAGGAAGUUAGGUCCAGAGUGGCAAAAGCUUUAGAUUCUGUGGGCAUGUCUGAUUACUUGCGAAGACCAGUCCAAACUCUCAGUGGUGGGCAGAAACAAAGGGUUGCCAUUGCUGGUGCUUUAGCUGAAGCAUGCAAAGUACUGUUAUUAGAUGAGCUGACAACAUUUUUGGAUGAAAAUGAUCAGGUUGGGGUGAUAAAGGCUGUUAAAAGUUCUUUGGGUGUUUCUGGAGAUGUUACAGCAUUGUGGGUUACUCACCGCUUGGAAGAACUGGAGUAUGCAGAUGGUGCUGUCUACAUGGAAGAUGGGAGGGUUAUAAUGCAUAGUGAUGCUUCUACCAUCAUGGGUUUCAUUAAAGAGAGGCAAGCUUCUUAUGUUGAUUGGAUAAAUUCUUCAUAAAAUAUCUUCUCAGUUUGUAUAUAUAGUUUAAUGGAAAUUGCAAAAAAAAAAAAAAAGAAAAAAAUAACUCCCUUUCUGUUUCCCGGUCAA